AGUAAGGUUUGAGUUGGGAGAGACAUCGAUGUCUUAUGAGGAUGAUAUUGAAGAACCUAACAACAUGAUGAAAACAUCUAUUACUCCAUUUGUUCUCGCAUUCAGUAAUCUGAGUUACAGCCUUAAUACAGGUACGAAAAUGACGCUUCCUACUAGUAUAUUUAGCCGAAAAUAUACCAAAAAACUACACAAGUCCUCCAAGGAGAAAAUCUUGUUGAAUGAUAUCUCAGGUGAAGCUAGAGAAGGAGAAAUUCUAGCUAUUCUUGGUCCCAGUGGGUCGGGGAAGUCAACCUUGCUGGAUGCCCUUGCGAAUAGGAUCUCUACGAAAAGCUUGAAAGGAUCAGUAACAAUGAACGGUGAAACACUAGAGGUAGGGGUUCUUAAAAUGAUAUCCGCUUAUGUCAUGCAAGACGAUUUGUUAUUCCCUAUGUUAACAGUUGAAGAGACACUAAUGUUCUCGGCGGAGUUUAGAUUGCCUCGUUCGUUCUCAAAAACCAAGAAAAUGGCAAGAGUUCAAGCUGUGAUCGAUGAGCUUGGGUUGCGUAAUGCAGCAAAUACCUUAAUAGGAGAUGAAGGUCAUAGAGGCAUCUCUGGUGGCGAACGUCGUCGUGUUUCAAUUGGAGUUGAUAUAAUUCAUGAUCCCAUUAUGUUGUUUCUUGACGAGCCAAUCUCAGGACUUGAUUCAUCGUGUGCUUACAUGGUGGUGAAAGUCCUUCAACGAAUUGCUCGGACUGGGAGGAUAGUUAUUAUGUCCGUUCACCAACCUAGUUCCAGAGUUGUUGGUCUACUCGACCAAAUGAUCUUCCUCUCACAAGGGGAAACCGUCUACUACGGUUCACCCACUCAUCUCUCACUUUUCUUGUCGGACUUUGGACAUCCUAUCCCUGAGAAUGAAGAUAGAGCCGAAUUCAUGCUAGAUUUAUACAGCGGACUUGAAAGCAUACCUGGUGGGACAAAAAGUAUCGUCGAAUUCAACAAACUGCGACAGAAAUUAGUAAACAACCAGCAAUUCAAUUCAGACUAUUCUAAUGGGUUGCGUGUAAGCAUAAAACAAGCAAUUAUAUCAAGGGGAAAACUCAAUGACAGUAUUAAUGUUAUCGACGUUGCUCAAACAUCUACCAUCUCGAAAUUUGCAAAUCCAUUCUGGGUUGAGAUCGUUAUAUUGGUGAAACGAUCAUUAACAAACUCAAAGCGAGUUCCCAAAGUGUUUAUGCUUCAAAUUGGUGGUGUUGUGUUCAUAGGUUGUAUCUUAGCCAGUGUGUAUUGGCAGCUUGAUAAAACAGGAAGAGGUAUUGAAGAACGGAUAGGGUUCUUCGCUUUUAUAGUGACCACCAUCUUCUUUUGCUCCACAGAUGUGCUAGCCGUAUUCCUCCAAGAAAGGUACAUCUUUAUGAGAGAAACAACUUAUAACUCAUACCGUCGUUCAUCUUAUGUUCUGUAUCACUCAAUUCUAGUUAUACCCUCGUUAUUCAUAUUUUCUAUUUUACUAGCAUCAUUGACGUUCUUGCCAGUAGGUCUAGAUGGUGGAUUUUCAAGUUUCUUAUUCUAUUUCUUUGCGAUAUUCGCAUCAUUUUGGUCGGCUAACUCGUUAGUUAGUUUGGUCUCAGGAUUGGUUUCUCAAGUUACGUUGGGUUACAUUGUAGUUAUGCCUCUAAUUGGCUCAUUCCUUCACUUGAGUGGUUUCUUUAUAAACAGAGAUAGAAUUCCAUCAUAUUGGAUAUGGUUCCAUUAUAUUUCUGCUGUAAAAUAUCCAUAUCAGGCCAUCCUGUUAAACGAAUUCGACAAGCCAAAUAUGUGUCUGCUAGAAGGUGUUGCUCCAGAUAGGUCUUGCUUACUGUUUGGAUUGGAUAUAGUGAGAAAGGAAGACGCUACCGACUUAAGCAAAUGGAGUUGCUUUUGGAUCACUUUAGCGAUGGGCGUUUUCUACAGAAUUCUCUUGUAUAUUUCUUUACUGUUUGGCAGCAGGAACAAGAGGAAGUAG